CGCUUUUCGAGAGGUGAAAGUAUAUUCCCGUAGCCCCGUACAACGUUCCAAAACUCCAAUCAUCCACAAUGGUCAUACUCAGAAGCCUCCCCGCCCGUGCGGCCCGCUCCAACAUCUGUGCCCAGUGCAUGCGCAGCAGCAUCACCUCCUUCCGACCCCUCACAACCAGCUCCCAAUCCACGACCCGCUUGGCCCGGCGCUCAACCUUCAAGCCUCUGUCCUCUCCAGUAUUCUCAUGCGCGCCCCAAUUGCGAUCCUACGCGACCAAAAGCACCGCCGAUGACCUGAUCGAAGAAAUCCAAGAACAGUACGCCACGGCGCGCGACGAGUUCGAGAUCGCGGCGGAGGAGACGGAGAAGAAAUCCGUGUACGCCGAGGAAGACAGGGCGGCGGCCAGAGAAGAGUUGGAUAAUCUGAAGGCUUUGUACGAGAAGGCGUUGGAGAGCGCGGAUGCGGAAGAGGUGAAGAGACGUGUGGGCCAGAGGAUUAGGGAGUUGGAUAAUGCGGUUGAGGCGUUGGAGAAGAGUGCUUUGGAGGAAUAAUCGCUGAAGAUGCUGAUGAGAAGAAUGCUCUGGGAUUAUGUUGACCAGCCAUAAUUGGUCUCGUGGGCAUGAUGUUGACAGCUGGAGAUGGAUCUGUACAUUGGUAUGCCAUUCAAAG